CGCCGGAGCCGAGCCGAGGCGGCCGACACACUCGACUAUAGCCAGCCAAGCGACUCGCUGCACCGCAGCGGAUUCUCGUGCGCCCGACCGCCGCCGUUUGUUGUUGCUCGUGCGCGAUGCUCGGCUAGCCAGAGAGGACAGUGUGCACGGACGCAUCGUCGACCGAUAACUGUGCUGCGCGAAAGUGAUACCCCGCCGCUGCACCAGGAGCGUCUUGCUACGGACAGCGAGGCCCACCGCGGGGAGAAUAUGAAGUGCUGCGAGAACAGGGAGUCCGCAGCGUUGUAAGAGCCGCCGCCGCCGUCGCCGAGUGUAGCCAGGAUGUCGGAGCACGAGGCCGAGGCCAGCAGCGAGCUCUCGGCCGCGGAGGAGAUCAACGUCGACGACUCGGACUCCCGGAGCUGCGGCUCGCCCGGCACGCCCUCGCGGCACUACGAGGACUGCUCGAACUCGCCUCGGCACUCGCCGCGGAGCUCGCCGCCGCCGCCGCCGCCGCCGCCGUCGGCCAGGACGAAGGUGCGCCAGCAGCACGCCGAGUCCGCGGCGCAGCCCCGCAGCCACCCGUUCAGCAUCAGCCGGCUGCUGGCCGCCGACAAGAGCCCAGGCUCCGGCUGCCCAGAGGAGCCCGAGCGGCCCGCCUGGCCCGGCUGCUGGGAGCCGCCGGCCAACGGCUCCAAGGACGAGGACAAGUCCUCGGACAAGGACGAGGACGAGGACACGGGCAGCAGCCCCGACUCCGCGGCCCAGCACUCGCUCGGCGUGCCGACCUCCGCGGCCGCGGCCGUCGCCGCGCUCCACCAGGCGGAGCUGCUCGCGCCGUUCCGGCUCUUCCCCGGGGCCUCGGGCCUCAUCUACCCGAACGGCGUGAUCCGGGUGCCGGCGCACAGGCCGCCCGGGGGUGCCGGGGGCGGGGGGGCCCUGCUGCCCGCCUGGGCCCUGCACAUGAACCACAGCCAGCAGCAGCAGCAGCAGCAGCAAGCCGCUGCCGCCGCGGGGAUGCACACCGCCAGGUUCCUCGCCAACCUCGCCGCGCACCCGCUCCAAGCCCACCCGCACCUCAAGGACAGACUGGCCGUGCCAGGAAGUUUUCCACGACGGAUCGGCCACCCAUACCAGAACCGAACGCCACCAAAGCGAAAGAAGCCGCGCACGAGCUUCACGCGGUUGCAGAUAGCCGAGCUAGAGAAGCGCUUCCACAAGCAGAAAUACCUCGCCUCGGCCGAGCGCGCCGCCCUCGCCAAAUCGCUCAAGAUGACCGACGCACAGGUCAAGACGUGGUUUCAGAAUCGACGCACGAAAUGGAGGCGUCAAACCGCAGAGGAGAGAGAAGCCGAGCGACAGGCGGCGAACCGUCUAAUGCUGUCGCUGCACACAGAGGCUCUGAAAGAAGCUGUGUACCAGACGCCGACGAUCAAUCCGCAUCCUCCCACAACAGUCCCAGCACCCCCUGGUUCUUCCAUGGAGAGUGCUAUGGACCAGAGUCUUGAGAACAACGCUUUGAGACCACCAGGUGGAAGCCCGUUGCGCCCUCCGAGAAUCUGGGCCUCUUACGGAGCAGCAACUCAGCACCAACCUCUCGCGGAUCCAAUUUGCUAGGCCCAGCUAUGACAUCCUAUCCAACGUCUUCUUCGCUGAUCGAUUUCAUUCAGAUGCAGGCAGAGCUAGUCGGGUCUAUCCAGAUUCAAACGAGCGAGUGUAAAUAGAUUGACAUGUCUCUACAGGACUCAAAACAGAUAAAUUAUUAUACAAGUACUCGGAGCGCCUGCACCUGAGAGGAUUCUGAAACACAUAUCUUGUAAAUAUAAAGAAGCGAUUUUGUGUAAAAUUAACAAUGGCUAAAAUUGUGUGAUUGUAUGUCAUGUUUAAACUUGGCAAGACUUGUAAAUAUUAAUUCAUGAAAUGCUAGUUCGUAUACAUAGCAUUACCAAAAGUACUACCAUAAUAUCGGUAUUAUCGAGAAAAAAAAACAAAGCUUGAACUCUACCUUAAGAAUAAUUGUACUUAAAUCUAGCAAGCUAUGUGAUGUUAUAUACUUAUCUUAAUGUUGUACAUAUAGAAUUUAUCUAAAUGCAUAUAUAAAUACAAAGUAUAAUGUCAUUUAAAUUUUUAUUUUCACAAAUUAAACAUUCUUUUGUGAUUACUCA